GCCUGUUUCCGAAAAUUAUAUGAAUUGUUGAAGUUACCUGUAACUGCCGUUUGAAAAUGCAUUUCGUUGAUAUUUUAAAAUGUUGGGAAGAGUGCAAGUCAUCAGAGAAUUAUGAUAGUCUGCCGUCAGUUAUUAAUGCGUAUAUACAGUCUUCAAAUCAUCGUAUAGACAUCACAUCUGCAGAUGAUGUAAAAUCUUUGAAUUCUUUAAUAGCCGCUGGUUUCUGUGAUGAAUAUUCUGAAGCUAUACAAGAUUCUAUUCUGGAUCUUAUUAUGUUCUUCGGAAAACAUAUACAAACACGUUAUCAACUGUUAACCUAUUUCUCUAUAUUGAAACCAUUAAUCUAUGGUGUCAUCUCUGAUUCCACGGAAUACAAUAAACUUAAGCUACUCAAAGCACUGCAGCUAUAUACUGAAGAUUUACACAAUCUUGAUGUCCACAUUGAACCGAUUCUAUUCUCUCGUGCACUUAAUCACAUUAUUCGCAUAAUCCAUUCCAAUGAUGAUCAUCUUGAAUCAGCUUUGGGUAUUCUAGCCAAUUUAUCGCAUUUUUCAAAUCUUGUAAAACAAACACUAACAAAAAAGGAAGACUUUGAAGCCCUACGUAAUUGUCUACUACGUAUCAUCAGUUCGGAUCAAGUAAGCCGGUCUGCUUUAGUUUUCUCUGUUGCUGUUCGAUUCCAUCUAUGGAAUUCAGCGGAUAAGUUCUUUGAAGGUUUAAACGCUCACAGAACACUUCAAGUGUUAUUCAAUGUCCUGCUCAAUGGAGAUGUCAGUAUGUGUGGAUUAUGCGCUGGAGAACUUCUUGCUGAUUUAUCCUGUGCAGAACCUCAAUUUUUCACCUCUGUAUUAGUCAGUUUUCCAUCUCACAAAAACUUCAUAAAAGAGGUUGUCUCCCAGUUAAGAGCAAAAGAUUCAUCACUUUUACUAAAGUUGAUUAACCUGCUUCGUAUACUUUUGGCAAAUGCUGGUGACUCUGGUUUAGAUGAUUAUAUACGUAAAUUAUUUUUCCUUUCUGGUCAAGAUCAAAAACCAUCAUCCUUGCAUAAUGAUUUAUAUCAACCGAAUGAUUCCCUAUUGACUCUAUUCCAAUUAGCCAGUGGAACAGAUGAUUUAACUGCUUCAGUUGCACUGGAUUUACUCGAUGAACUUGUAAAAAUUCCCAAUCAACAAGAUUCUACUAGUGUCAGUAUACCUCGCGACUUUUUAUUCGUGAAAACUGUUGAAGCACUACGUAAAAUUGGUGAUUCUUCAGAUUCACUGAAAUCAAAAAGUGAUUGUCAUUGGAAUCAACAGUCAAUCUCAGGACGUAUCUUUCGUACACAAUUGUUACUUAGACAUUUAAAACACCUGGUUAGCCUUUUCCAGGUUGAUGCAACAACAGAGCCAACACUAAGCGUAACAGAAUCUGAUAUUCUCUGUCAGAUACCGGUUUUAAGCAACUUUUUAUGUCAAUUGGUGCAUAAUCAUAUGGACAGUAAUCCACUUGUCGGAAUUCUUUUAAACGAUGAACACGAGAAUCUACGUCUUGGUUGUUCGACAGUGCUGACGAAUAAACUGGACGCUGAUCUAUGCCUACUGUCGUGUGCAUUGUCAGCUGAAGCAUUAGGCCUAUUAUUUCAAUGCACUGAAUUAUUAUCAUUAUGCGCUCCGAUUACAUCACAAGACGAUGAAGAAGUAUCACUGACACAGAAUACACCGGAUAAAUUAAAGCACACGGAAAGUAGUGAUAUCAAGUUUACACAGAAUGUUGCUCGUCAAUGUGGUCAUGCUCUACAAUCGCUUCUGGAACGACCUGAAACUCCAGGUUUAUUAGCUUUAUGCCUGACAACAUCUAGUCCAUUUUGUCAAAGUGAUGGUAUCAUGGGAAUGGGAUUACAAACACGUGACGAUGUCUUUCGACUGUUGAAUGUUGCUCGUCAUGUUGAAAAAUUUGAUAAUGACCGGUUUGUUUACCUUUUCGACCAGUUAAUAAAUCCCUUUGGUGUCAGUGGAAGUAAAGUGCUAAAAUAUUUGUCAAAUGAAGAAUUACGCACCAAUACACCAAAGUCACCUUUCUUAUAUAAAUGGUUUCGUUCCCUUGUCACUGGUGGCACCGAUAGUCUGAGACAUGUUCAUCGAUCCAGUGACACAAUGCUUAGUAUUGCUGAAUCACCUGGUACAGAAACACUAGAAAGUAAUGUUGACAAGUAUCUAGCGAAUUGGAAAUUAGCUGAAGGCGAUCAGACUCCAGAUGAUAUUAAGCUAACUCUAUCUAUGUAUGAGUAUAAAAUUCGUGUACUCCAAUCUCGUGAAAAAAUUUUGGAGAAGAAUGCUGCAGUCAAUGCUGAAGCAUCCGCUAGUGCGCAUAAACUCUGCGAUCAUUAUCGUGAACGGUCAGAAUUAGCUGAAUACGAGGCGAGUAAACUGCGUAUGCUACAAAUGGAAUCAAUUAGUAAUAUACAUAAUUAUAAACGUCAACUUGCUUAUCAAAAAGAACAAUUAGAAAAAUAUGAUGGUAAAAUUGCCCAAUUAACAGAACAGUUAGAAGCUAAGCACAAGUCUUAUGAAGAAUCUGAAUUAAAAGCUGAAACUCUUCAAAACAAGCUAAAGUCAGCUCGUGAACAAAUCAGAUCGAUGGAUUUAACAAUCGACGAUUAUCGAAACCAGUUGAAUCAGGCUCAAAAUCAAAUUCAAGCUCAAACAGCACAAAUUAACAAAUUCACACAAAUCACACGACUUAUUAACGAUUUGACUGGUAAUCCAUCAGCUGAACUGGGAACUUCUCUAAUUACAACUACUGCAUCUGAUCGACCUACACCACCGCCGACAACGACAACAAUAACUGAUCCAAUCGCAUCUCAAUCGGUUUGUGACACUGGUCGAAUUACUUCAGUGUCAACGCGUAAAGCAGCAGCCAGUCGAAAUACCCGACACUAAUAUGAGUGCAGAAAUACUGACGUGAAUUAUCCCUUCCCCCCCCCCAACCCCCUUGUCUUCUUUUGUAAAUAUACAGAUAUACGAAUCUUUGUUGCUUAACGAAACUAAACUGUUCGCUAAUAUUUUUGUUAUCCCCCCUCCCGGUAUGAUUGAAUAAACCAUUAAUUAACUACUGUUAAUCUAUUUGUGUGUAAUAUAC